UUUCUCCCAGUUGGAUAAAAAAAUUGUAAAAUUGGCCACGUAUAUUAGAGAAUCUCGACGUUGCAUCAGAAAUUCACAUGACCGUGUUUUUUUUCCACUUACAAAAAAUUAUAAAUACCGCACAACCAAUUUUCCAUUUCUAAUCAACUUGAACUUUGUUCUCUUUUGUUGUUUGUUGGUGUACUGCCGCCGUGUUAUCCUCAAAUUUGCUGUUUUUUUUUUUUUUCAUUUGAAUUUCCUUUACAUUUUGUUUUUUGGUGGUAAUUUGUGCAAGUGAGGAAAAUGACGGUGGGGGCUGGGAUUUCUGUGAACGACGGGAGAUUGAGCGUGUUGGGCGAGAGCAUUUUGAGUGAUGUCCACGAUAACAUUGUUCUGACGCCGGCGGCCGGCGGAAUCUUGACCUGCGGUGCUUUCAUCGGAGUCGAAUCCGAUCAGAUUGGCUGCCGUAGGGUUUUUCCGGUCGGCAAACUCCUGUCGGUUUCGUCUCUUCUCACCUUAAAUUUUCAAUUUUGCUUUUCAUUCUGAAUUUUCAUUUUUUUUUUGUCCGGCGUUGAGAGUGUGUGUGAUAUAUAGGAACACCGAACUCGGUUAAUAAUUUUCUUUGACAACUUAAAUAUUUUCCAUGUUAAAGCUGUAAAUCACGAUUUUAAUUAAGUGGCAUUGUUUUAUCACCUGUUUCCCGGUGCAACUCGAUCAAAGAUCUGAUUUUUUUUUUUUUUAAUUUUUUAUUUUUGGUUGAAUGUUCAAUUAUUUGAAAUGGAAUGCAGAGAAGGAUUUAGUUACUAAAAGCAUGAUAAAUGGAUGAUAUAUUCAGGGAUUUGAGAUUUAUGUGUGUUUUCCGUUUCAAGUUAUGGUGGAUGACACAAAGGAUGGGCACAAGUGGCCAAGACAUACCUUUCGAAACUCAGUUCUUGAUAAUCGAAGGCCGUGAUGGUUCGAAUUUCAGCCAAAGGGGAGACGAACAAUCGUCAGUAUACGUUGUUUUCUUGCCCAUUUUGGAGGGAGAUUUUAGGGCUGUUCUACAAGGAAAUGCAAACAAUGAGUUGGAGAUAUGCCUCGAGAGUGGUGAUCCUGCUGUGCAAGAGUUUGAUGGGAGCCGUCUGGUGUAUGUUGCAGCUGGAUCUGAUCCAUUUGAUGUCAUAACAAAUGCUGUCAAGUAUGUUCCUCUAUCUGUAUUCUUUUGCUCUUACGAGAACAUUUGUAAUAUAUGCAGGACUGUGGAGGGGCAUUUGCAGACUUUCUCUCACCGUGAAAGAAAAAAGAUGCCAGAUAUGUUGAACUGGUUCGGUUGGUGCACAUGGGAUGCUUUCUAUACUAACGUUACUGCUGAGGGCGUGAAACAAGGCCUGGAGAGUUUCAAAAAAGGCGGGAUUCCCCCAAAAUUUGUCAUAAUUGAUGACGGAUGGCAAUCGGUUGGCAUGGACCCGAAUAGCGAGGGAACAAAAGCUGAUAACUCCGCGAAGUGGGCUUUCGCAAACAGAUUAACUCAUAUCAAGGAGAACCAUAAAUUUCAAAAGGAUGGGAAAGAAGGCGAAAGGGUAGAAGACCCAUCGAUGGGAAUUCGGCACAUUGUCACCGAAAUCAAAGAUCACCACUCAGUGAAAUAUGUUUACGUUUGGCAUGCAAUUACGGGUUACUGGGGAGGUGUUAAGCCUGGAGUGGCUGAAAUGGAACAAUAUGAGUCGAAAAUGGCUUAUCCCGUCUCGUCACCUGGGGUUCAGUCGAACGAACCAUGUGACUGUUUAAAUAGCAUCACCAAAACCGGCCUCGGUUUAGUUAAUCCCGAGAAAGUCUAUAGUUUCUACAAUGAGCUUCACUCUUACCUUACCUCGGCCGGCAUUGAUGGAGUCAAAGUGGAUGUACAGAACAUACUCGAGACUCUUGGGGCAGGCCAUGGUGGGAGAGUGAAACUUGCCAGGAAAUACCACCAGGCAUUGGAGGCAUCGAUUUCGAGGAACUUUCCGGAUAAUGGGAUUAUUUCCUGCAUGAGUCACAAUACAGAUGGUUUAUACAGUGCAAAAAGGACAGCUGUUGUUAGAGCAUCGGAUGAUUUCUGGCCUAGGGAUCCGGCAUCACACACGAUUCACAUUGCUUCAGUUGCUUACAACACGAUUUUCCUAGGCGAGUUCAUGCAGCCCGAUUGGGAUAUGUUUCAUAGCAAACAUGAAAUGGCUGGAUAUCAUGCAGCAGCACGUGCUGUUGGAGGCUGCGCUAUAUAUGUCAGCUUGUUAAAGAUAUGGAAUCUAAAUGACCACAAUGGAGUAGUGGGGGUCUUUAACUGCCAAGGAGCUGGCUGGUGUAAACAUGGAAAGACGAAUCUCAUUCACGACGAGCAACCUGGCUCGAUAACUGGAAUCAUUCGAACUAGUGAUGUUGAUUAUCUUCCAAGAGUCGCUGACGAUGCAUGGAAUGGAGAUGCGAUUGUCUACUCUCAUCUAUGCAGGGAUUUGGCUUAUCUUGCCAAGAAUGCGUCUCUCCCAAUUACACUGAAAUCGCGAGACUUUGAAGUCUUCACCGUGGUCCCUACCAAGAAAUUGGCAAAAGAUGUUACAUUUGCACCAAUAGGCCUUAUAGAAAUGUUCAAUUCUGGAGGUGCAGUUAAAGAAGUAAACUAUGAGAAGCAAAAGCCAGGAACUGUCGGCAUGAAAAUCCGGGGUUGCGGCCCCUUUGGAGCCUAUUCAUCCAUUAGACCUAAAAGAAUCAUAGUGGAUGCCAUUGAAGUGGAGUUCGAAUAUGAUGAAGCAUCUGGGUUUGUCAAACUUGUUUUGCAAGUUCCUGAGAAUGAGAUGUACCUUUGGGAUGUUAUCAUUGAGGUUUGAAGAAUUUGAAUAGAAUAGGAUCACGUGCAGGAUCCGAUCUCUAUUCUGGGCAUGUAGGUCGAUUUAUUCUGAGUUAGUAGAAUAAGUUGGAAUAAUUUACUGCUCUUCUUCACAGUCGAAGGCUCUUCAUAGAGCAUCACCAUCUUCCAUCUUCCUGAUACUUACUUAAGCAUCGGAGGCUCUUCGCCGGAAAUUCUUCCGGCGUUGAGUUCUUGCAGGUGUUCGUGACGGUUCGGACAAAUCGGAGCUCAUUUUGACCGGUUCAAUUCAUAUCUAGGAGAGACCGUCAUAUUUGAUGUGAUGUGUGAUGAUUGAUUGAUGUAUUAAAUUAUUUUAAUAACAUUGAAUAUGGUUGAGGUUGAAUUAAAUUUGAAUUUUGAUAUUUUUCUACAUAAGACUUAUAUAAGG